AUGGGGGCUAUCAUCGCUGAGGCUGACCGCCCGGGGUCGCAAACCGAUGAGAAGAUCGACGUUGAGCAGCUCGACAGGACGGGUGUGCCGCCGGCAACGCUCCAGUCCUUUGCCCAUUUGGAUGAGAAGAAAAUCCUGCGGAAGAUGGAUAUGCGGCUCAUUCCGAUGCUCGCCCUCCUCUACCUCCUCUCCUUUCUCGACCGCGGGAACAUUGGCAAUGCAAAAAUUGAAGGCUUACAAGAGGAUCUCGGCCUCACAGACGACCAGUAUAACUGGUGCUUGACGGCAUUUUUCUUCACUUAUGCUGCCUUCGAAGUGCCGAGCAACCUUAUGCUAAAAAGGGUCCGACCUUCCAUCUGGCUCCCCGCCAUCAUGAUUGCCUGGGGAAUUGUUAUGACGCUGAUGGGCAUUGUGCACAAUUAUGCCGGUCUCCUCUCGGCGCGCAUCUUCCUCGGAGUGACCGAGGCCGGGUUGUUCCCCGGUGUUGCCUAUUACUUGACCAACUGGUACAAACGGGAAGAAAUCCAGCUCAGACAGGCCAUGUUCUUCAGCGCGGCGAGUGUUGCCGGGGCGUUCAGCGGGCUCCUGGCGUUGCCCAAGCUGACGAGUUUCGGUGGCAGUAUGUCAAGGAUGCGUUCCUCGACUGGGCAGAUUUGGGUCAACAUCUUUGUCUACUGGGGCGUCGUCUGCCCCCUGUACGGCAUCUCCCUAUUCCUCCCAACCAUCAUCCGGCACCUCGGGUACCAAAGCAGCGAGGCGCAGCUCAUGACCGUACCCAUCUACAUCACCGCGGCCAUCCUCGCCGUCGUGGCCGCCGACUUCUCCGACCGGGUGGGCAAGCGCAGCCCCUUCAUCGUCGGCUUCCUGCUCGUCAUGGCCGUCGGCUUCUCCAUGUGCAUCGCCACGGACCCCAAGGAACAGCCACGUGUCGUGUACGCCGGCGUGUUCGUCGCCGCCUGCGCCAUCUACCCGGCGUUCCCGGGCGUCAUCGCCUGGCUGUCCAACAACCUGUCCGGCUCGCUCAAGCGCUCCGUCGGCAUGGCCGUGCAGAUUGGCGUGGGAAACUUGGGUGGUGCCAUGGCAUCCAACUUCUACCGCGCCCGGGACGCUCCCCGGUACCGGUUGGGGCAUGGGUUGGAGCUCGGCUUUAUUGGCGCGGGCGUUGUUGCGUCGCUGAUUUUGGUGGUUGGUUACACGACUGAGAACAAGAAACGGGCGAGGAGGAUCGAGGAGGGUGCGCUGGACUCGUACACGCCGCAGGAACUGUCCGAAAAGGGCGAUAGGGCGGUCACAUAUCGUUAUGUGCUGUGA